CACUCUCAGCACUACUUCUUGAACGGCUGAAGAUGUGACAUGUGGAUGGCCACUGACAAGAUUUUGUCCCUAUCUACAUCAGUUUCCAGUCAGCAAUGGGCAUCCGAGGCUUCACAACGUUCGUUGAUGGCAACAACACUCGUCUCCUACAGGAUCAUAACCUACACAGCACAAGAGUGGUGAUAGAUGGAAACAACUUCUACCACUUCCUGUACCAGUAUUUACACGUCAAACACUGUUAUGGAGGAGACUAUGAUGUUUUCUAUAAGAAGGUUAAAGACAUAUUUCAAAUAUUUGAAGAUUGUGACAUCAAACCAUUUGUUGUUUUUGAUGGAGGAUAUGACACAGAUGGGAAGAAGUUAAAAACAACACUCUCUCGAGCCAAAAACAGGAUACAUCUUGCUGGAUUUAUUUCUCAUGGAGGAAGAGGGAAGAUAAUGCCAAUAUUGGCAUAUGAGACGUUCAAGACUGUGUUGGAUGACAUGGGAGUCCCCUAUGUAGUGUGCGACUUCGAAGCUGAUACUCAGAUUGUCAAGCUAGCCAACCACUGGCAGUGUCCUGUUAUGAGCAAUGAUAGUGAUUUUUGUGUGUUUGACCUCAAAGGUGGCUUCAUACUCUUUGACUAUGUAGACUUUCGAUUAGUCUCACCCACAGACCCAGACUCUGGCAAAACUUUCUACUGCUUAUCUGUCCAGCUGUAUCAUAUUGACAAUUUUGCUAAAGAAUUUCCAGGGUUUGAUAAAGCUUUGUUACCCGUUGUUGCAGUCCUUCUAGGAAAUGACUUCAUUGAGUCGUCACUAUUUGAACCUUUUUUCUCCUCCCUGAAAUCUGCCUGUUUUAAAUCUCUGCCACUGAAACAUCGAAGGCUAGUAGCCAUUUUGGAUUGGUGUGAGGACUUCAGAUCCUGGGAGGAAGCAGUGGAGAAGAUCCUCACAUAUGUACCGAAAGAAUCAAGAGAAAGUACGAGACUUAACAUUCACAGAUGUAUCCGAAUCUAUACUGACUUGGAGGAGUCGUUCAGUUUGAGUGACUUCUUUGAUAGCGACACUGACACUGCCUUGCAUCAGAGGACUGAUGAGAUAAAGACUUACAAUGGCAGCCAAUUUCCAUCCUGGUUCAUCAGUGCCCAUCGAUCAGGUGCAAUUCAUUCGUUUUGUCUCAACACUAUGUCGCUUCAUCGGAAUUUUCUACUGACUCAGGUGGAAAAGUUAAAUGUAGCUUCUGCAUACUCCACGUCUGAAUGGAUUAGACAGGUGGCAUAUGGUAUUCUGCUGAAGGAUGAUGCCUGUGCUCACAUAGAUAAUCAGGCUGGUGCAAGCAUGGCUACACAUGUCUUAGAGUACACACGAGACGAGAGUAAGAACCUGAAGAAGACUCUCCUUGAACCUAUCAGCUCUUUACCUAGUUUCGGGCAACUUCCAGGACUAUCUGAACUUGCAGGUAUUUCUACCAGGCAGCGUGUGGAUCUGAUACUUGAGGCUCUUUCUGUUCCGAAGUCUUUCCUGGAAUCGUGGUCACCUUCUUUGCAGCUUCUUGCAUGUGUGAUUGUGUUCUGGGUCAAUCAGUCUAGACCUAAAGUCACAAGGCAUCAUUAUCACGCUAUACUUGUCUGCGUUAUACUCCUACAGUCAAAGUCAAGGAUUCGUCAACUUAAGCAGGAUUCUAGACAUUACAAACAAGAGACAGACAAUGUCACAAAGGAUGAUAUAUCAAAUUCAUCAUCAACUUCUCUAAGUGAUCCUUAUACACAAUCCAAACACUCCAGCCAUGAAGCAGAUCCCACUGCCUCGCUGAUAUGUGUAAAGUCAGCCUGUGAGAAGGCGACCGAGUCACAACUGACACAGUUUCUGCAGAAGACUGACAAACACCAUGCCAAAUUUGCUCCUGUUACACAUGCUAGCCCAGUGGACGCUUCCAUCACUCAUGGUUCAUCUCAGCUGCAGGCCUGCCUCUUUGACUGUCUCCAUCUCAACCAGCUGCUGCAGAGGCCUCUGGAACACCCCCAACCUCACCAAUUCUUCAGUGGAGUCUUCCUCUACAACUUCACUAAAGAACUGAGGUCAAGGUCGAAGCCUCUUGCCUAUAUUUAUGACAUUCUUGUACCCAAAUCACCCAUGUCAGCUGCAUUUGCUCAGAUGGAAUCUUUAUUUUCUGAACACAUUGGGCAAGAUUGUUUCCAGGAAACUGGAACAGGUAAGAAAAACUCCAAGAAGAAGGGUAAAAAAAAGGGUGACAAGAAAAAGAAGGCUGAAUAUGCCAAGUCUGAUGUGUGUUCUGAGAACUCUGACAGUGAUCUACCAGAGAUGGUGCAAGCAUCAUGUGAGGUGGACAAUAGGUUCAGCUGUCUCCGAAUAGACGAUUGAUUAAUGGAGGACGAGUGGGUUGUCGACAAACUUGUAAUUCCUCUUGUAUAUUAAGGACUGGUUGAGAUUAAUCUUGAACUCUUUGCAAAUAGUGUUCAGUGAAAAAUGUUUAAUUUUUUGGCGCUUUUCUGGUGCAUUCAGUUUGAUGAACAUGAACAUUGAUCACUACUCUUUGUAUAAAAGACCCGUGAAGAUCCGGGGUAGAAUAGGUCUUCAGCAACCCAUGCUUGCCACAAAAGGCGAUUAUGCUUGUUGUAAGAGGCGACUAACGGGA